CCCGACACGAGUGAACACCGAGCCCAAGACAUGCUGAAGACGCUGAUGCUGGUGGUGGUGGCCCUGCUGUGGCAGCAGGGCGUGCUCUCCAUCGAAGAGCACUGCAAGGAAUGCAUCUGCGCGAACUCGGGCGGUCGCACAGGCAGCGCCGGCAACUGUAGCAUGCCGGCCAAGGGAACCUGCCUGAACGGCGUCUACUGCGGCCCGUACGGCAUGUCCAUCCAAUACUGGAUAGACGCAGGCUCCCCAAGUGGCAACUUCUACGACUGCAUGAACGACUGGGAGUGCUCCAACAAAACGCUCGAAGUCUACGGAACCAAGUACUGCCAGACGCAGUUUGUCGGCCACGCGCCGCCCUGCUCCUGUGAGGAGCAGGCCCGCAUCCACCACUGCGGCCCCUACAGCAUCCACGCGCAGUUCUGCGACAGCUACUGGUUCGGCUACAUGCAGCCGUGCAUCGGUAGUUGAGCGCCGCGGCACGCUCCCUGGACGCGCCGUUGCGGCUCGAGCCGCCGCGGCGCGCCCAGGUCCAACGGUCUGCGUGGGGACCUCGCCUGGUGGCGUGCUGCGGCGAGGGAGCACCGCUGUCCGGAGAGCACAUAGUCACAAGCUCGGAAAUAAGACGGGGAGUAGGAAAUGCCGUGUCUAUCGCCCGUAUGACGAAGGUCUGGCGCUCCUUGGCUGGAGGUACUAGGGUUGUGCGACGUCGAAGCUGUGGUCGCGGUUAGACCAAGCGUUAUUCAGAUCCAUUAUUGCUGAGAAAUAUUAUUAUCUGCUUGCGAGUGACGGUGGCAGAUUUUUGUGACACGCGGCUUAACCAUAAUGCGGAGGGUGAUCGUUUUGAGGCACAACUGUUCGCAGCGUCUGAUUGGUGUAUAUAAACAACUUCUCUUUCUCUG